AUGGCGAAACCUGGAAGAGGUCGUCGCUCACCACCGUCGGGUUCCGUCUCCGGAUCUUCCUCUCUUUCCUCCUCUUCUCGCUCCUCUUCUCGCUCUCGUUCUCGUUCCAGAUCCUUCUCUUCCUCCUCCUCCCGCAGUUCCAAGAGCCGCAGCCGGAGUCCUCCUCCUCAGAGACGGAAAAGUUCCACUGAACCAGCUAGGCGAGGUCGAUCUCCUGCUCUUCCUCCCCCUCCUCAGUCUAAGAAAGCUUCUCCUCCCCCAAGGAAACCUUCUCCUGUACGCGAGUCUCUUGUACUGCACGUUGAAAAACUCAGCAGGAAUGUCAAUGAAGGCCAUUUGAAAGAAAUUUUCAGUAACUUUGGUGAGGUUGUAAGUGUGGAGUUGGUGAUGGAUAGAGCUGUUAAUCUUCCAAAAGGAUAUGGGUAUGUGCAUUUCAAGACAAGAGGGGAAGCUGAGAAAGCAUUAAAUUUCAUGGAUGGUGCCCAAAUAGAUGGCAAUGUCAUUAAGGCAAGAUUUACUCUACCUCCAAGACAGAAAGUUUCACCACCUCCAAAAGCUUCUGCUGUUGCUCCAAAGAGAGAUGCUCCUAGGACUGACAACGCCGGUGCAGAUGUUGAAAAAGAUGGGCCAAAGCGUCCAAGAGAAUCACCUCCUCGGAGAAAACUUCCUCCCUCACCACGGAGAAGAUCUCCUGUGCCUCGAAGAGCUGGAUCUCCAAGACGACUAGAAUCUCCUCGACGCCGUGGAGAUUCUCCUGUCCGUCGUCGAUUAGAUUCUCCUUACCGCCGUGGAGCUGGAGACACACCUCCUAGGAGGAGACCUGUGUCUCCUGGAAGAGGUCGUUCUCCAUCUCCCCCACCUAGGCGCUUGAGAUCCCCUGCAAGAGUCUCACCUCGAAGAAUGCGUGGAAGCCCAGGCCCAGGUCGGAGACGUACUCCUCCUCCACCUACAAGACGCCGUUCACCUCCCAGAAGAGCUCGUAGUCCUCCUAGAAGAUCUCCAGUUGCUCGUAGGCGUAGUCGCUCUCCAAUACGUAGAUCUGCACGCUCUCGCUCAAGAUCAUUCUCACCUCGCAGAGGUCGGCCACCUGUGAGACGGGGAAGGUCAUCAUCUUACUCUGAUUCACCAAGUCCUCGCAAGGUAUCCCGGAGAUCGAAGAGUCGCAGUCCAAGAAGGCCUUUGAAAGGAAGAGCAAGUAGCAACAGUAGCAGCAGCAGUUCACCACCCCCAGCCCGCAAACCAUAG